AUGAACUUACCUUCCGUCAAAACGUCAUUUGUUGAAGCAACAAACCAGUUGGACAAUCCGCCAUGUCGUAUUUUUUUCAAAAAUGAGUUAGAACAGCCAUCUGGUAGUUUUAAGCUACGUGGUAUUGGCUAUUUAGUAGCCACAAGAAUCCAAGAAGCCAAAGAACUCGGCAAGAAUAAAAUCAUUGUAUUUUCAUCAUCUGGUGGCAAUGCUGGAUUAGCAGCUGCUUUUGCUGCAAGAUAUUAUGAUGUUAAAUGUACGGUUGUUCUUCCUGAAGCCACGAAGCGGGGGGUUGUUGAAAAAUUGGGUGGGUUGGGUGCCAAAACGAUUCUUCACGGCGCUCAUUGGGGUGAAGCUGAUGCAUACUUGCGAGACGUUGUGAUUAAAUCAAUUAAAGAUGAUGAAUAUGCAGUAUAUUGUCAUCCCUUUGAUGAUCCAGUGGUGUGGAAAGGUCACUCGCAGAUCAUUAAUGAGAUCUUAGAAGAACAACAAUUGCUAAACUUUGACAAGGUUAAGGGUGUAGUAUGUUCAGUUGGUGGCGGUGGUCUUUACAAUGGUAUUGUAGAAGGCGUUAGACCGUAUGGCAUUCCGGUACUUGCAAUGGAAACGGCACAAGCACCAACUUUCAAUGAGACAAUCAAAGCGGAUAAGAUAAUCCAUUUGAAAACAGUAAAGACAAUUGCUUCGUCGUUGGGAUCUCCAUAUCUUGCAGCAAAUUCAUUUGAAAACUACAAAACACAUCCUACAUAUCUAGGACUUGUCGAUGAUUUGGAUGCUGUUCAAGGAACAAUUGAUCUUUACGAUAGAUUCAAUUAUAUAGUGGAACCUGCAUGUGGAGCGAGUGUGGCUACGGUUUUCCGUAAAAAAGACUUGUUGCUAAAAUUUGGUAAUUUAAAACCUGAUGAUAUUGUGAUCAUUAUAGUGUGUGGUGGAGCAGGAAUUAACGAAGAGAUUAUGGAACUGUAUAGAGAAUUGACGUCUAGUCAAAAAGAAGAUUAA